UGUGGAAAAAAAAAAAGUUGGGAGCGAUUGGGAUAAAAGUUGGUUGCGUCCGGAGAGGAAAAGAUUGUGAAUUUAAAAAUAACAUCAAAAAUAAUAAUACGUUAAAAAAAAAGCUGGUAACGUGAACGAUCCAGCAUCGUAAAGGAAUAUAAUCGAUCAAGGGAAGUCUGGAACACCGGGAUAAAUACAAAUUAAAAAAUAACCAGCGUUAGUUUUGUGUGAAAAAAAAAAAUCUAUAUUUAAAAUCACACGGACGGUUUUCAUGUCAGCUUGUUGAACUGCGGUCCGAGCACCUGGACAAUGACCGAAACAGCGACGCAAGAUCUCCCGGCCACGACAGCCGAGGCGCCGGCUGCGCCAGAGAUCCCGCAGCCUGAAAAAAAAGUUAUAGCCACGCUGGUCCAAGGUACAGUGAAGUGGUUUAAUGUUCGCAACGGCUAUGGAUUCAUCAACAGGAAUGACACCAAAGAAGAUGUGUUUGUCCACCAGACUGCAAUCAAAAAGAAUAACCCCAGGAAGUUCCUGCGCAGUGUUGGAGACGGGGAGAUUGUGGAGUUCGAUGUGGUGGAAGGAGAGAAGGGUGCGGAGGCCUCCAAUGUGACGGGCCCCGCGGGGGCCCCGGUGAAGGGGAGCCGCUACGCCCCGAACAGACGCAGGUUCCGCCGUCGCUUCUUCAACCGGCCGCGGGGGCAGGGGGGCGACUCGGGGGAGGGGUCUCCCACUGAGCCUGCCCCCGAGGGGGAGGGGUCCGGAGACGGCACCGCCCCUCAACAGCCCCCCCGACGCCGCAGAGCCCCGCCCCCGUUCUUCUACCGCAGGAGGUUCCAGAGGCGCCCCCCAGGACAGGACGGGCAGCCAGAGGGUCAAGGAGUGGAACCCAAGGAAGGGGCGGAACCGAAAGGGGAGGAACCCAAAGAAGGGGCGGAGCAGCCUGGUGACCAGCAGCGUGGCCCACAGCAGAGGCGUUUCAGGCCGCAGUACCGCAGGCCGUUCCGCCCCAGGCAGCCCGGAGGUGAGGAGGCGGGGGGUCAGGGUGAGGGUCCGGUAGAGGGCCCGGCUGAGGAAGGAGGGGCUCCCAGCCCUCGGGGCCAGAGACCCCGCAGACAGUUCACUCGACGCAGGCAGCAGAGAGGCGGGGCGGCUCCCCCCAGCCCUGAGCCCACGCAGCCUGCCACGGACAAGGUUGGAUCUGAUAAGCCUGCUGACUCCGCCCCCAGUGCCACACCCUCCUCCCCCACAGAGCAAGCCAAGGAGGCGGGACCCAAAGCCACGCCCCCAGCACCCAAAUCCCCGCCCCCUGCCGUCACGCCCGCAGAGAAGCCAGCUGCGAGUGUUCCUGCUUCCGAGGCUGACCCCGCGGUGACCCCGCUUUCGGUGUGACAGCGCUGGGCUGUCCAGGAUCGUGAGAUUUGGGGAGAGAGGUCAAGGGGGGGUGGGGGAGGAUUUUAGGACUCUGCCCCGAAGUUUUCUGUGCUGUCUUUCACACGCCCACGCUGAACACACGACCAGGCGGGACACGCACACGCACACACAUGCACAUGGACAACUGCGCUGACACCAAAAGACUCUGCAUUCAAUUCCUUUUUCUUAAACCAAAAAACUAAAAUGAAGAAAACCAGCAGGUGUUUGUGGUUUAAUUUAAUGCUGAAGAAAUAGAGGGGUGUGUACAUAGCCGAAACCUGGACCCCAGAGCACCGAGAAGAUCGAGAGCGAGCGACGUGUGCUGGUUUAAUAUUUGGUGGCUUAUUUUUAUUAGUUAUUUUUUUGUUUAUUCUACUGUAAGGUUUUGUUUGUCUGAAUGCACUGUCUGGGCAUCUUGUGCAAUAAAUGUCAGUAAAAAUCUCUAGUUUGAAAAAUGUGUGUGCGUGUGGCGUGCCUUUCUGUCUGGAGUUUUGUUUUUUAAAUCCUUUUUUUUUUUUUUUUAAAACUACCAAAUUAAUUGUAA